UCCGGCUGAAGUUGCGUGAACUUUGCACCUGACACAUUCAGGUGAUUCCGAUGGACACUGUACUUUAGAUGUCAGUAAAAUGUCUCGAAAACGCGUCAAAUUAAAGAGGAAAACAAAGCAUAAAAAGAAGGACAAAUCUAAAAUAGUUUGUACUAACGACGAUCAACCAGCUAAAGAAGAAAUCAAGGUUCAAGACGGGCCUCACAGGCUGGACUCUUCGAAAUGCGAGAAUAAGAAAAAGAAGUCCGCCAAACAAGUGCACAUCGCCUUUUUACCAGACAAAUACCAACCGCUGGUUGAGGAUGAUGGUGUGGACCAACAACAAGAUGACAAUGUCAAGAAAAAACAAGACAAAUAUAAAAAGUUAAGAAAAAAUAUGGGAAAAGCUUUCCGGUACAGCUGGAAGUGUCUGGUGGUUGGACUGCAGAAUCUGAGCACAGCCUAUUCAAUGCCGCUGGGUGCCGGUGCCACAAUAGUACCAGACAUCCAGAGAGCAAGAGCUCACAUUUAACACAGGACACAAGACAAGCCAGUUACAUCACGAGUAGUACGGUGAUCAAUGCAGGAUGUCUAUUUUUACUACAGCCACUUAUCAGCGAUAUGGAAUUCUGAUUUGAAUGUGCAAUAGGUGUAUUUUUAUUUAUGUGCCACUGAGACUAAAUUUGUAAGAUAAUUUAUCUUUGACAAGAAAAUAUCGCUGCAAUGGACUGUUUAACACACAUAUUCUUAAUGCGCAACUAAUGAAGAGAAACAAAAAAGUUGUUGAUUUUAUUCUUUGAUAUGAUGGGUAAAGUAAGUUGAAUAAUGUGAAUGUGGAUGUUAGGCCAGUGGAGUAGUGCUCUCAAUGAGAAGACAGAUGUAGGAAACAGAUGUGGAGUGAAUAGUGGCAUUGAACAGGAAGAAUUAAGUAUGUUAUGAAGUGCGUUUUCAGAAACUGUAUUGUUUCUCAAGAUUUAAUUAUUCUUAAAAAUGUUGCAAGCGCAUAGAAUGAGCAUGAAUGUGAUUCAGCAGCACAGUUUGUACUAUUAUGCACAUUUUUGUAAUUAUAUAUAUGAACAAAUUGUGUUUAACAGGAUUUAGAAUUGAACAAAAACGUUGCUAUUAAAUGUGUAAAUGAAUGCAUUCACACUGAUGUACAAAUGAAGCAAAUGUGUUGAAGAUUAAAUUAGGCUUGAAAUGCUUGCUCAAAUUUUGCUCAAACUAAUUCAAGCCUGAAACUUUCACAUGUUCA